CCCCCGGGCCGCGAUUAAACAAGGUGGCUACAGACGUUGACCAGAGAAGCGAGAUUUGGGAAGCUGCGGCUCGACAUUGGUCGCGCCAUGCAGAUGGAGAUGGAGAUGGAGCGGUAGCUGCCAUCGAUUCGGGUCGCAUAUUCGCAUCGUCUUCUUCUUUGUUUGGUUGGUCUGCGUGGUGGAUCGGUCUUGGUGGUUGAGGUGGAGGCCGACAUGGAGCGCGUUGUUGGCGACUUCAACCUCCUCCUCCAACGCGGCGGCGCCGCCGGUGAACGUCCGUGUGGGAGCGAGGGAGGGGGAGGGGGAUCGCCGGGGACGGAGGAGGCGGCGGCCGUCGCGGUGAAGCAGCGGAUCGCGCGGGCGCUGCGGCUGUACAAGGAGGCGGCGGGCGACGGCGGCGGCGGGUGGAUGGUCCAGGUGUGGGCGCCGGCGAGGGACGGCGCCCGGCGCGUGCUCGCCACGCGGGGGCAGCCGUUCGUCCUGGCGUCGCAGUGCCACCGCCUGUUCCAGUACAGGACCGUCUCCCUCACGCGCGUCUUCCCCGUCGGCGGCGCCGCCGCCGCCGACGAGCAGGGGCUUCCUGCCAGGGCGUUCGACGCGACGGCGCCGGAGUGGACGCCCAACGUGCAGUGCUACGGCAGCGGCGAGUACGCCCGCAUUAGCUACGCGCUCAUCUACGACAUCCAGGGCAGCCUCGCCCUCCCCAUCCUUGACCCCGACGACGCGAGCUCCCCCCUCGCCGUGCUCGAGCUCGUCACCACCGCCCCGCUGCUCCGCGUCUCCGGCGAGGUCGCCAACCUCUGCAACGCUCUUCGGGCAGUGUCACUGAGAGGUGCAGGGAUUUGCAACCGUGCAGCCGAGAUAGUCCAUCGAGAUGCGACCCGGGCGGCCAUGGCCGAGGUAUCGGAGCUCCUGAUCACGGUGUGCGAAGCUCACAAGCUGCCAUUGGCACAGACAUGGGUGAGAUGCUGGAGCUGCGGCGGCGGCGGCGAGGACACGGAGAAGGCCGCGCUGACGACCGCCGGCGCGCCGUUCCACCUCGCCGCCGGCGCGGACGCGCGGGGCUUCCGCGACGCCUGCGUCGAGCACCACCUGCAGCGUGGCCAGGGGCUCGUCGGCACCGCGGCGCGCGCGCCGGGCGGCGGCCGCCUCUGCGCCGACGUCGCGCGGUGCUCCAAGGACGACUACCCUCUCGCGCACUACGCUGGCAUGUACGGCCUCGCCGGAUGCCUCGUGCUACGCGCUGAGCUCAGCGCGGCGGCCAUGGCGGACGCCGCCGCCGCCACCGCCGGCGACGAAGAGGACUGCGUCGUGCUGGAGCUCUUCCUCCCGCCGGACUGCACCGGCGUCGCGGAGCAGAAGGCGGCGGUGGACGCCGUCUCCGCCACGAUCAAGCAAUGCUCCGGCAACCUGAAAGCCAUUGUGAUCAGCAACUUGGAUGAUUUGUUCUUGGAUACUAUGGCAGAUGGUGAUCACCAACUAAGGCAUGAAAUGGAUGAUCUUGGAGAUGAUCAAAGAUGCUCGGACGAGGAGGAUCUGCAGCUGCUGGAGAACACAAACAUUGGUGAGCUUAACAUUCACAAUGCAGAUCAAAUCAGAAAUGAGGAUCCUACAUCACAAGUUGGCAAGAACAAGACGAAAAGAGGAAAAGCUGAGAAAUCUGUCACUUUGGAGGAGCUGCAGAAACACUUCUCUGGUAGCUUGAAGGAUGCUGCAAGAAGCCUCGGUGUAUGCCCAACAACAAUGAAACGCAUCUGCAGGCAGCAUGGCAUCCCAAGGUGGCCAUUUCGCAAGAUCAGCAAGGUGAACCGCUCCCUCGACAAGAUGAAGCGCGUCAUGGAAUCCGUGAACUGCUCGCCGUCGCCGCCGGUGGCCAUGCCUGCUCACCCAGCUCUUCUUCUCCCUCCGCCGCCGCCGCCACCGCGGCCAUGCCUGUCAAGUACCGUAGGAGAGACCUCCUCCCAUGGAUCAUGCCAGGCGCCGCCAUCUCACGCCAAAACUGCAUUGCGAAAACCUCCGAGGUGCGGCAAUGGCGACGGCGUGGUCACCAUCAAGGCCAGCCACAGAGGUGACAUCAUCAGGUUCAGGGUGCCGUGCUCAGCCGGCGUCGCGGCGGUGAAGGCGGUGGUGGCCAAGCGGCUGAGCCUGGACGCCGGCGCCUUCGACGUCAAGUACCUGGACGACGACCACGAGUGGGUGCUUCUGUCCUGCGACGCCGACUUCCAGGAGUGCCUCGACGUCGUCCCGGCAUUGCCGUCGAUGUCGGUGACGGCGAGGUCAGGCUCCGGAGCGGCGGCUCCGGUGGUCGUCAGGCUGAUGGUCCAGGAGGUAGCUGAUAACAUCGGGAGUUCCUGCGCUAGCUCAGAUUAGUUGUAAAAAAUGUAGCUGAAAGUGUGAAACCAGUAGCAGGAACAUCAAACAGAUUUCUCAAGUUUUUACUACUGAUACACAUACAAGAAAGUUCAGACCUGUCAAAAAUCACUGUAAAAAGGAACAUGCCUUAGAGAGUGUCAAUAUACCAUGAACAUUGUUUCAUCUUGAAUAAUAACCGGAAAGAGAAAGGCACAAAUUGCUUCA